AUGGAAAAGAGGGAGGCACAGGUGGCGCGAGAGACGGGGGAGACCAAGAUCGAGGUGCGUCUGUCGCUCGACGGCACGGGCGUGUCCGAUGUGAAGACCGGCAUCGGCUUCCUGGACCACAUGCUGUCCGCCCUCGCCAAGCAUGGUCGCUUCGAUCUCUAUCUCCGAUGCGCGGGCGAUCUCCACGUAGACGACCACCACACCUCCGAGGACUGCGCGAUCGUGCUGGGCCAAGCCUUCCGCCAGGCAAUUGGUGAGCGUAAGGGCAUCAAGCGUUAUGGGUCGGCCUACGCGCCGCUGGACGAGAGCCUGGCGCGCGCCGUGGUGGACAUCUCGUCGCGCCCGUUCGCCGUGAUCGACCUCAAGCUCAAGCGGGAGAAGAUCGGAGAGCUCUCGUGCGAGAUGAUUCCUCACGUCCUUCACUCCUUCGCCACCAGCGCCAACCUCACACUUCACGUUGAGGUCCUGUACGGUGCGAAUGACCACCACAAGGCCGAAUCGGCAUUCAAGGCCACUGCGCUGGCCCUGCGCGAGGCUGUGACCAAAGACGGCCCCGCCGACGCCGUGCCCAGCACCAAGGGCGUACUCGAGUGA